UAAACUUAUUGUUCAGAAAUAUUUAUUUCUUAAACUGUCGACAUUUAUUUCUGCCUCAUUUGCAUUGCACCAUGCAAUAUGACGGACUAGUCAUUGCCGCGGUGUCAUCAUUGUAUUGUCGGCGUCGUGUUACACAGUGUUAUACAGUACCUAUAAGUGCAUACAUGACUUGUAGACAGUGUCUUAUAAUAUAUGUUUCAUAGUACGUAUCGUAUGCUUAGGCUGUGUUCAGAAACAUCACCGGGUACUCGCCAGAAGCCGAUUCUUAAAAUCGUAUGCAAAAAUUUUGUUGCGUUCGUCGCAUACAAAAAUAACUGCACAUUCAUCGAUUGACUCGUUAUGAAAUGUCUUGAGUUUGAUUGACCCCAAAUGACCAUUCUAGAAGAUUUAUAAACUGUAAAAAUCUCAAAGAUGACGAAAUUUCAACGUAUCAUCGUGCUAAUGUUUUAUUUCUGUUUAUUAACGACAUUAAAAACUGAGGCGUUGAUUAUCUCCACGAGACCAACGACAAUUUAUACAGAAGAUGAUUUAAAGCUACGAUUAGUCAACGUGGUAUUCAGACACGGCGAUCGCACAACAGACAAGAACUAUGAAUCUUAUCCAAAUGAUCCAUAUAAAAAUAACGAUUUCUAUCCAGAUGGUGACGGACAGUUAACUAAUGUUGGCAAGAAUAGAUCAUACGCAUUAGGCUUGUGGCUAAGAGAUAAAUACAAUAGUUUCCUUGGAGAUAUGUAUUACCCACCAAAUGUCUACGCACGUAGCACGGAAAUGUCUCGAUGCAAGAUGACUUUACAAUUAGUUCUUGCAGCGCUUUAUCCGCCUGUUGAUAGACAAAAAUGGAAUGAGAAACUUUCUUGGCAACCAAUAGACUUAAUAUAUACAUCACGGCAUGAAGAUAAUCUGCUGAAUCCAUCAUUUGCAUGCCCUAUAUUCCAAAAAAUUUAUGAGAAUCAACUACAAAGUCCAGAAGUGAAAAAGAAAAUAGAAGAGUUUAAUGAUUUAAUGGCGGACGUAUCAAAACAUACAGGAAAAAAUAUUACCAGUGUCAGGGAUCUCGCUCUUAUAUAUCAUACUUUAUAUAUAGAAUCAUUUAUGGGAUUGCCUUUACCAAAGUGGACAAAAAACAUAUUUCCAAAUGGCACUCUUUUAAAUGCAGUUUACUUAGAUUACGAGCUAUUUAAUUACAAUGAGUUAAAUAAUCUCAAUGGAGGUGUGUUAUUGAAUAGAAUAAUUAACGAUAUGAACAAAGUGAUCAAUAAAACUUUGCCGGAUCGAAGGAUUAAUCUUUUCUCCGCACAUGAUGUAAAUGUAGUUGGAUUGCUAUACGCUUUAAAUAUAUCCGUUAUUUUUCGACGUCAUUUUCCGACGUUUACAAGCAGCGUUAUUGUAGAAUUAUAUGAAGAUGACGGAGAAUAUUUGGUUAAAGUGUUAUAUUACUUAGGUAUUCCAUCGGAAAUACGAGAAAUUAAUAUUCCUGGCUGCGAAGUAUUAUGUCCGUAUAAUAAAUUUGUCGAAUUAACAAAGUCAACUACUGCACUUAAGGGAGUUCCUCUGCUCAGGUCUGGCACAACAAGUGGUACAGGGGUUCAAGUAAAGAAAAAUAUUCAAAUGACCAUUUUGUUGUCUUCUUUUUUUUUGCUGUAUAUGGUCUAAAGUUAAUAAUGGUGAAUAUAAAAAAAAAUUUGGCUAUAA